AUGCGUGCUGGGUUUUCACUGACGCCUAACGGCGACUCAUUCCCUCCCUCAUCCUUCUUUCUACAAACAGGCAAACUCAUCGCCUGUAUCGCCUUAUUGUCCCCUUUUGUACACCGGAGGUCUUGACUCAGCUUCCAGGCACUGCACGCAGCUGGUUGAGUUCCAGCCUCGCUCCAAACCGAACCAACCGCUUUCUCGUGCCUGAAGUCGCCGGGCACAAUGGUUUCUCCUAACAGGGAUGGAGUCUUUGAUGACUCGAGUGAGCAAGGUGCUACCUUCAAUGGGACGCCUUCAGCCAGUGGCACUGGUUCCACUCUCUUCCAAGACAUCGACAGCUUUCCUGACCACUUCCCAGGACAAGGCGGCGCCGCCGUAGCCCUUCAUUCAGCGAGCACUUCCACAAAGUCGACAGGGAGCCAUCGAAUUUCUUAUACGCCUCGCGAUGGAUCUGUUUUGAGCCUGCCGCCUCGCGCUUCAGCCCCGCGGGAGCCCGGGAAUACUCUCUCUUUGGCAUCUGGUCCGAACGACUCAAUCCUCGAACACUUUGCCGAACAGGCGGCCUCAGGAGCGCCCCGACCCUCGACCAUCAGGCAGAUUGCACACUCUGACUCUUCCUCUUCAUCUGCCGAGGGAACUGGACUGGAGGAGACUGACUCGGGUCGAACGGAGUUAGAUUCCGAGCCGGCCGUGGGAACUCCUGCAACCAGCGAUGCCAGCGAGGACGCGGAUAUCUUGGGCCUUGCCGAAGGCCCUUACGGUCACCUGACUGGAGCUGCAAACAGAGAUUUAUCACUAGCUGGGUUGGACUUACCAGUUGAGUAUCGAGAUGGACCCUUCCUCAGCGAUUCGAAUGACGAAAGCGACGCCGAUAUCAUUGAUACCGUCAACAAAAUACACACAAGGCUGCAAGCGAGUCACGAUGCGAUACCAUGGACUUUGAGUGGAGAAGAUGGGCGGCAGCGGCUUAAUCCAGAUGGGUCAGCACUGGCGCCCUCUCCCGGCCCGGCAUACAGCGAAUACCACUUGCGAAUGAGAAAAUAUACCCAGAGAUAUCACAAGAUCCAAAGGCUGCGGCAGUGUCAGACGGGGAGUUGCGAAGCCCAGCCAACACCCCUCGAGUCUUGUGAUAAGCCCCCUAUCGGAACGCCUGAUUGUCAAUGGGACAUUUCUUCCCUGGUCUCCACCGAGCGGUCAUUGGCCUAUAAUGAACCUCGAGGCAAAGAAUCUCAAGGCUGUCAAGAUGUACACAUUAAACGAGUUUCAGGGACCGUACAACAGCCUAUGAUCCCCCGCUCCGUCGACUGCCUUUUCUCGUCUCUCACCUGUCUCGAUUCUCGGUCUCGACCUUGACCACCGAGCUCUAUGCCCCAAAAGACCUCGCGUAUAAGUCCGAACAUGCUCUCGCGUUCGACCUAGGCUUUGGUCCGCCAAUUCGCCUCGAUGUGUGCCCCUUUACUCCCAGAGAUAAGGAAGCGUUACACAGCUAUCAGAAGCA